AUGAACUAAUUGAAUGAAUCGGUGAAAGAAUUAACUGAAUACUAAUAACCAGAAUAUAAAGCAAAUAUUGUAGAUUUGAACAAUUAGGGAAAGCAGAUGGAACGAGUGCAGGAAAGAAUUGCAGAUGUAGAACAAACACCUAAGAAAGAAACCAAUUACUCUUAGGAAAUGAAAAGUGGCAAAAAGGAUGACAAUCAGGAAACAAGAUCUCUUGUUCAAUAACAAGGUUAAGAAAAAUAAUGGAUCAUUAAAUAGACAAUGUUUGUCAGGAUUAAUUCAAAAAAGAAUGUUAGUGAAUUUUAUACAAUAAAAGAGAUGAUUGGGUAAGGAGGUUUUGGGAAAGUUUAUAAAGUAGUUCAUCGAUAAACAGGAAUGAUUAGAGCUAUGAAAUUAAUAUUAAAAUCAAAAUUGAAGAAAGAAGAUUAAGAGAAAUUAUUAGAAGAAACCAGUAUAUUGAUGGAUAUUGAUCAUCCCAAUAUAGUUAAAUUAUAUGAAAUGUAUUAAGAUGAUAAUUCGUAUUUCUUAAUAAGUGAAUAUUGUGAUGGUGGUGAACUAUUCGAAAAAAUCAAAUUCGUUCUAAUUUUAACUGAAAAAGAAAUUGCAUCUUAUAUGAAAUAAAUAUUAUCAGCUGUUUCCUACUGUCAUUCCAAGGGGAUAGUUCAUAGAGAUUUAAAACCGGAAAAUAUUUUAUUUGAUUCCAAAAAUUAAGGAGCAGCCUUAAAAAUAAUUGAUUUUGGUGCUAGUGCCAAAUUAGUAAAUGAUGAAAAACUAAAUAAAAGAAUUGGAACACCAUUCUAUGUAGCUCCUGAAGUUCUGAAUGGAAGUUAUGAUGAGAAAUGCGAUAUAUGGUCAUUGGGAGUAUUGCUCUAUAUUUUGCUUUGUGGAUACCCUCCAUUUUUUGGUCACAGUGAAGGAGAAGUAUUGGCUAAAGUGAGAAAAGGUACAUAUCAAUUUGACAGCAAUGAUUGGUCUAGAGUGUCAAUGCAAGCCAAAGAUUUGAUUAGAAGGAUGUUAUUUUAUGACCCAUCAGCCAGAAUCAAUGCUUCUGAAGCUCAGUAACAUGCUUGGAUUUCAAAUAAUAAAGCUAAAGGUUAAGUCAACAAUUUAAGUUUAAAGAGAUUAUAAGAUUUUGAUUCUAAAAAUAAGCUCAAGUACGCUAUCCUCUAAUUUAUAACUGUUCAAGUGGUUUCAAGUCAAGAGAAGGAUGAUUUACUCAAAAUUUUUUAAGACAUAGAUAAAAAUGGUGAUGGGACUGUAAGUAAAGAAGAAUUACUUGCUGCUUAUUUGAAGAUUUAUAAGGGAGAUGCUUUAGCAGCUUAACAUAUUGUUGAAGAAUUGUUUCCUUAACUGGAUGCUAAUAAAUCUGGGAAAGUCGAUUUUAGUGAAUUUGUUACUGCUUCCAUUAAUAGAGACAGAACCUUAAGCAAAAAAAAGAUUGAAUAAUCAUUUAAACUAUUUGAUUUAGAUGGCAAUGGAUAUAUUACGAAAUAGGAAAUAAAUGAAUUAUUUGGAAAUGAGAUAGAUGAAAAAAUGUGGGAAGACAUUCUUAAGGAUUGUGAUACAAAUAAGGAUGGAAUGAUCUCACUGAAUGAAUUCAUUACAUUGUUGGAGUCUAAAAUUUAACAAAAUCCAAAACUUUUAUGA